CGAAACUCUCAUUUUCAAGAUCACAAGUUGAACUCGACUUUGCAAUUGAACAUGAUAAGGAUAUAUGAGAUGCCAAGAUGGUAUAUGAUUUAAAUCUUAAACUUGUUCUGUUUGGGCCAUAGCUUCCCCUACCAAUAAAAACACUUCAGUCUAAAAAUGGCGGGAGAAGUUUCCCUUUCACAGGUAAUGUCUUAAUAAAAAAAAAAGACUCGAACCGGUUCUUCUCCAAAGUCCCAAACUCUACAGACCGUCUCAACGGCAGAGCAACCCGAAACGUCAAAAUGUCGUCUAUGCAGGCCAUUCUCAAGAAAUAUGGGUUUUCUUCAUUUCGGCCAUACCAAAAGAAAGUGAUUGAGAAAAUCAUAGCAGGAAGGGACUCUUUGAUUGUCAUGGCCACUGGAAGUGGCAAGUCUUUGUGCUAUCAAGUGCCUCCUUUGGUUGUUGGAAAGACUGGUGUGGUUGUGAGCCCUCUUUUAUCCUUGAUGCAAGAUCAGGUAAUGGCUUUGAAACAAAGAGGGAUCAGAGCUGAGUAUAUGGGUAGUAGUCAAACUGAUAGCACUGUCCAGAGCCGAGCCGAGAGUGGUCAAUUUGAUAUCUUGUACAUGACCCCUGAAAAGGCAUGUAAGAUUCCUGAUAGCUUCUGGUCAAAAUUACUAAGGGCUGGAAUCUGCCUGUUUGCUGUUGAUGAAGCACACUGCAUAUCGGAGUGGGGCCAUGAUUUCAGGAUGGACUACAAGCGAUUGGACAAGUUACGUGGCAUUCUUGUUGGUGUCCCAUUUAUUGGCUUAACUGCAACUGCUACUAAAAAGGUUCAAAUGGACAUUGUUAAUUCCUUGAAGAUGAAAAACCCAUAUUACAGAAUAGGCUCCUUUGAUCGUGGAAAUCUGUUCUAUGGUGUCAAGUUAUUCAAUCGGACUCAAUCAUUUGUUCAUGAACUAGCUCAAGAAGUUUCCAAAUUUGUACACACAGAUGGUUCAACUAUAAUUUACUGCACGACAAUUAAAGAUGUUUAUCAGGUAUUCAUUUCACUGAAGGAGGUGGGCAUUAAGGCUGGAAUCUACCAUAGUGAGAUGGAUAAUAAAGCUCGUGCCGAAUCCCAUAGAUUAUUUAUAAGAGAUGAAGUAGAUGUCAUGGUUGCUACUAUUGCUUUCGGCAUGGGUAUUGAUAAGCCAAACAUAAGACAAGUAAUCCAUUAUGGCUGCCCAAAGAGUUUGGAGUCUUAUUACCAGGAAAGUGGACGAUGUGGUAGAGAUGGUAUGGCUUCUGUCUGCUGGCUCUAUUACACAAGAAGCGACCUCACAAAAGCUGAAUUUUAUGCUGGAGAGUGUCAAACAGAAAGUCGACGAAGAGCUGUUAUAAAGUCGAUGAGGGCAGUACAACAAUAUUGCAUAUCAACAACUUGCAGAAGGAAGUUCUUGCUUGCUUACUUUGGGGAAAUCUUUCCAUCUGAUAAAUGUGGUAAUUGUGAUAAUUGUAUUUCCCCAAAGAAGGAGAUGGACAUGUCUAGAGAAGCAUAUCUUCUAAUGGCUUGCAUUCAAUCAUGUCGGGGUACGUGCGGUCUGAAUAUGCCUGUAGAUAUUCUUCGUGGCUCUCGGGCCAAAAAGAUUCUUGCUGCCGAGUAUGACAAGCUUCCACUGCAUGGACUUGGGAAAGACUAUUCUGCAAAUUGGUGGAAAACACUUGCUUACCAAUUAAUCUCUUAUGGUUAUUUGAUGGAGAUAUACAGAAAUGUAAGUGUCAGUCGGAAAGGGGAGCAAUUUCUAAGUUCUGCUGGACCUGAUCAUCAACCGCCUCUAGUGUUGCCGGUGACCAGUGAAAUGGUAGAUGAUGAGGACAAUAAAAGUACAUCAGGAGAGAAAUAGAUGAAAAUGAAUGGAGUAGAAAGGUUGAAUCUUCGGAAGAGUAGGUCUCACCAUUGAUGCGAGUAGCUGCCCCCAUUCUCUUCCUUUACUGUGUUUCUAUGUGUAUUUCAUUGUUCUUCAAUGCUUGAUUAGUUUAUCGGCUCUCUAUAUGAUUUCAGUUAGUUGAUUGGAGAUUACUGUUUCUUAGUUUCUGUUGGAUUUUCUAUUCGAGUACAAUUGAUUGAUACUAGU